GAAUUGUAUCGGGAAAAAUACGAUUUUAGGACCCCUUUUAAGAUACACAUAGGCAAUAAAAUAUGCAGUAUAGUCUGCACCGUCUUAUCAGGGGAAGACAUGAGGGAUACGCAGGCUGUCGUGUGUACAAUGUAAAUCUGACAUGAACUACUAUCACAGAUUCUGUGCCAAUGAUGUGAUAAGUGAUCUGUGUUCUGUAGUCUGUACUCGUGGCUUUAGAUGGUAAACUAUUUACUUCAGACAGCCGUGUCUUUACUCUGUGCUCUGUGGCUAUUUUCUCGUUGGAAUUUUGGCACCAUCAUUCAUGGGUAAGACAUCACUACGCUGAGCACUAUAGUCUAUAGUCUAGAUUUUACAACAGUAUAUGACUGUACACAUAGAUGCACAUGAAAAUAAUAUGAUAACUAUCUAUGAGAUACAGAAAGGAUUUCAUGGAUUGAAAAUUGGAACACACUUCAAAUUUCAAUAGCAAUUUAAGAAAAUCAAAUUACAGGGAGAAACUUGUGUUAAUAGAGAAGGGGAAAUAUUUGUGCCCCACCUUCAUAGAUCCCCACGUGUCACUGGCAAGUAGUACGGACGUAAAUAUAAUAUUCAAACUGAUACUUCAAAAUCAAACUAUAAAAAUAUCCGCUGCUGGAAUGUAAAAUUAUACUUCAUAUUACUAGUGAUCAACAUUUUAGAUGAACAAUAUGGAACAUUUAAAUUCAAAAAACAAGAAUAUUCCUGUAUUCAAUAAAAUAUUAAAAGUAUCACUUGUAAAUUGUGAUCAUCUAUUGAAAUUUCAUAACCAAAAAUUAAUCAGAAAAGAAAAUGUUGAAUUUGAAGACGUUGAUAACACAACCGAAGUAAAUGAUUUUCAUCAAAAAGUUAAACAAAAACACAACACUGUUAAGAAGAUUGCUAUUUCGCAAAUAAAACAACAAAAUAUUCAUAAAAGAAAUGAGAAUGGAACUAUUCAAAUACAUCAAAAAGUUAAACAAGAAGUCAGCACUGUUAAGAAGAUUGCUAUUUCGCAAAUAAAACAACAAAAUAUUCAUAAAAGAAAUGAGAAUGGAACUAUUCAAAUAAAUCAAAAAGUUAAACAAAAAGACAACACUGUUAAGAAGAUUGCUAUUUCGCAAAUAAAACAACAAAAUAUUCAUAAAAGAAAUGAGAAUGGAACUAUUCAAAUACAUCAAAAAGUUAAACAAGAAGUCAGCACUGUUAAGAAGAUUGCUAUUUCGCAAAUAAAACAACAAAAUAUUCAUAAAAGAAAUGAGAAUGGAACUAUUCAAAUAAAUUCAUUUAAUUCUAAAGAAAAUAUUGAGACUACUAAUUAUGACAAUGGAGUUGACCGUGUUGAUGAUAUGAUACAUAGCAGCAUUAUUGAAAUUGUGCCUAAAAGAUCACAGUUAAUGUUAUCUGAUGUCGAACACCAGAAAUCACGUUUAAAUACUUAUGAAAAAAUAUUACUCUUCACUAAGCAGAAGAGGACACCUAAUCCGAAUAAAACUUUAGAGUGCAUGUACUGCAAUAAGGUGUUUACAGUGCAAUCAAAUUUAACGGUUCAUUUAAGAAGCCACACCGGUGAAAAACCAUACGCAUGUGAUUUGUGUAAAAGAACUUUUGCUCACAAACAAAAUAUGAUGUGUCAUAUGAGAACACAUACAGGAUAUAAACCUCAUUUAUGUCCAAUUUGUAAAAAGACAUUUAGCCAUAAGUCAUUAUUAGACUACCAUGAAUGGACACACACUGGUAUUAAACCAUUUAAGUGUGAAAUUUGUGCUAGUGAAUUUUCUCGGAAAUCAGGUUUAGUUUAUCAUCAAAACCACAGUCACACAGGUGAAAAACUGUUUAAGUGCAAUGUUUGUGACAAAGCUUUUUACAGAAAAGCAUUUAUGAAAAAUCAUAUGAGAGUCCAUAUUAAUACGCAAUUAGAAAAGUGCCAUAUUUGUGAUAAAACAUAUUUUUAUAAGUCAAGUUUACGAAGACAUUUGUUGAAUCAUUCUGGUGAAAAGAUGUUUGAAUGUCAUAUGUGUAAGAGAUCCUUUUAUCGGAAAUAUAAUUUACUUGCCCACAUAAAAAUUCAUAUGACAAAGAGACCUUAUGAAUGCAGUCUCUGCAGAUCGACUUUUCCUACAGCAUCAGAACUAGAAAACCAUACAAAAUCUCACAUCGGUGAUAAUACAUUUCAAUGCCAUCUUUGCGAUGCAAGUUUUAUAUUAGAAUCACUUUUAGAUAUUCAUAUGAGAUCUCAUUGUGGAGAUAGACCAUUUCAGUGCCCUUAUUGUUUAGCAACAUACGCCCAGAGGAAAAGUUACUCUUACCAUUUAAAAACUCACAGAGAUCAUGAAUUGUAUAAGUGUAAUUGGUGUAAAAUAUCAUUUUUUCAAAAAAAUAAGCUAAUUGAUCAUUUAAGAUUACAUACUGGUGAGAAACCUUAUAAAUGCAUCGAGUGUAACGAAAGAUUUGGGCAAAAAGCUGUUUUACAGUCACACAUGAGAACUCACAGUACUGAACAAAAAUAUAAAUGUGACACAUGUGGAGUAGUCUUAAAACAAAAAUUAAAUUUAAUUAAACACAUAAAAACCCAUCUUGCCUUCAAAUCAAAUUUUAGGUGUAGAUUUUGUAAGACUAAAUUUUUACAAAAAUCAACUUUUAUGUGUCAUAUGAAAAUGCAUUCUAAAAACAAUUCUUAUAAAUGUAGUAUAUGUGGUAUUUCAUAUCCACAAAAAACUGACAUGAUUAAACAUGAAAAGACUCAUAUGAUUGAAAGGGCUCUACUAACUUGUAAUGUAUGUAAUCAAUCUUUUCCUUCAAAAUUAAAACGUAUAAAUCAUGAGAGAAAAUUUCAUACCGUACAAUCAUGUCAUUGUCUUAUCUGUUUUAAAUUGUUUUUUGAAAAAAAGGAACUUACACUACAUAUUAAAUUGCAUAUGAAGAAUAUGACAUCUGAAUGUUUGAUUUGUAAAAAAUCAUUUCUACAAGUACCUGUUUCGGCUAAAGUAUUAAGAGAUAUAACUGGAAAUAAAAAAAAAAUAUGUGAUGUGUGUUCUGUCAUCUUCUAAUCUAUCAGAUACGCAACUAGCUGAAAUAUAUUAUAAAGACAGUAUACCGCCAUUCCUGAAGUUUCUGGCCAUAUUGAAGUUCACUCUUUUAAAUGGGACGGAUUAAAUAAUUUAUUUUUAUGUACAUUACAUUUUUAUUUUAUUAUUGUAAUUUUUUUAAUUUAAUUUAAGAUUAAAUUGUUUUCAAUAAUUACUUAUAGAUGAUUUGUGAUCUGGGCGCUUUAUAAUUUUAUGCGCCUAUUAAUUUAAUUUACAUGACAAAUUACAUUGCAUCAAAAUUCCAGUUCUAUUAAUAACAAUGAUUUGAAUGAAUCUGUUUUAACAUUAUGAUAUUUUACUAUAUAUAUUUUAAUUAAAAUGAAUUAAUAUAAUUAUUAUACUAUUGAUAACAUAUGUCCUAUGUUGUUAUUAUAUCCUGGGAUGGAAGUAUUGUCUAAUGAAAUCAUUGAUGUGAAAGCUGGGAAUAAGGAAAAAAACAAAUGUUCAAACACAUUUACUUGUGAACUUAUUUUCUCAAUUACAAAAACAAGUAAAAGAGUUGAAGUACGACAAAAAAUAACCCUAAUUUUUAAUUGGUUAAACACAACUCAAAAUUCACACAUCAAUUUUUUGGAAACAAUCAAGAAAUAAUUGUUAUCGGUUAGAAGUGUACUAGACAUUUCACAUUGUGACCGGUAAACCAUUGCACUUAGAAGGGGACAGUUUCCUAUGUGACAUUGUCAAAAGAGCUUAUUAGCUUAUUUAUCAGCCCAAAGGCUUCUUUUUGAAUUGCAAAAUAUUGACUGUGUAGUUGAUGCAAUGCCUAUAUAAUGGCAAUCAUAAAUCAUAAAAUACUGUUUGCGAUUUGUUUGAAAAUUAUUAUUUUAAAAUGUAUUGUCUAAGUACUUUUUUAAUAUUCUUAACAAUAUAGAAAAUUUAGAUGAACAUCAUACAGUACAAUAGUCUUUUUAGACGUACCUGAGUAUAUUUUUGCCCAAAAAUCAAAUGUUGAUCAGUAUUGAUUUUGGCAACUGUUUAGCAAAUCACUGCCAAAACAUACACAAAACAGUUAACUCACUAUUAUUAUGCCUCUGAAGACAGCGAUGGAGAAGAAAAUUAUUCCACAAGUCUACAAAAAUUAAUGAACUGAGGAAAUGGACCUAUCCAAACAAACAAAAAAUUCACAACAACCAUCGUUGCCAGAUAAUGAUUGUUUCGAUUAAACUAUAUUAUAUACCCUUAGUGAUGGAAGAAAAAUUAGUUGAAGAUAGAGAUACUUUCCUGUAGCUUGAAGAUUACUCACCACUUUUAUUCCAACAUUAGAACUUUUUAAUUCUGUUUAUAUACAUGAAUUGUCUAUAUACAAUAUUUUCGGUAAUAUUGUUAUAGAUUUUACACACUACAGAACAAAAAACGUACGCUCAAUUGAAUACUAAAAUAAUAUUAUUGUAUUUAUUAUAAUAUUGGUAGUUAAAAAUUAUAAGUCUAGCUAUAAAUUGUUGAUCUAACACUGGUAAUUCUACGACUGACUGACUCUCCUUGUGUAUUAUCUCGACCGUGCUCCAUGUCACAUACAAAAAUUUAUUCAGCAGAUCCCACAGUUGUAGCGUCGUCCAACACACUCUGUGUUUUGUAAAUACAACAAAAUACGAUAUUACGUUUAAAAAGUAUUAUAUAUAUGAUAUUCAGGGGUUUUUAACACCCCCCAGACACCAUAACAAAUGAUCAUCAUGUUUCACUAUAGCCCAAAGUAUCUGCAGAGUUUCAAAUUUCCUGUUUUUGGAGGUCAGUUCAGUUUAACAAUAAUAUCAAUAAAAAAAAUUACCAUAAAUAGAAAAAAAAAUUAAUUAAAUGAAUCACAUUUGGGUGUUUUCCUGAAUACUGGUAGACUCUACGGUUUAUAGUAUUUCAGCGUUGUAUACUUUUAUGGAAGCUUUUCUUAAUCUAAUACCUAGUAUACUAAUUGUUGGUAUUGUUAAAAUUAUAAAAAUUUCAAUUACAUGAACUUUUAAUGUUUAGAAUCAGUGAAGGUUCUGGCGAAGAGAGUGAGAGAUUUCUUAACUCAACUGCUUUAUCAGUCGGUUGGUUCAAAUUUUGUAUGUUGAUUUUACCGGUGAGGUUCUGAGGAAUAAUUGCCCUGACAAUUUGACGUUUUACGUUUCGCUGUUAGGAUUUUCUGGAAUAAUGUCUGAAUUCUUUACUAGCUUUAUUAUUAGAUAAUAGUAUAGAUAGUUUCCGAGAUUACUUUUACAGUAUGGAUGUAUGGUUAGUCUGCCUACGCUUUCGAUUUUUAUUUUAGAAGUUUCCGAAUGAUUUACUUCUGUUAGUAAGAUUCUGAGUUUUUCUGGGUUAUUACUUUUACUAUGUUCUUUGCUUUUGCUAAGUUCUAAGAUUUGAUUAAAAAUUAAUUCGACAUCGAUUUUUGAGUAUACACCGUACAGAAUGUUGACCAUCCGUCUGAGUUUGUGUCCCAAAUCUCGCUGCUUUCUAUUUCCAUCAUUGCCAAUUUCUAAUAUCAGACUUGUGUGAUAAGCUUCGAUUUAAUUCAAAUAUGACAACGUUGCUCUAGUAAAUUAUUCUAUGAACAGUGAACAAACUCCUCAAUUGCCACAUCACUGAAGUUGUUUUUCAUUUUUGUUACAAUCGUUCGUGGUUGCUUCAUAGUGAGUCAUGAUAAUAUUGUCCAAGUUCUCGGGCGUUAACUUUUGGCCCUUCGUGACCGGAUACAACUACAAACCUUGACCGAAAAAAUACACGUUCAUUAUAUUUUCUUCGUUGAUCACACCAUCAUGACAGAUCGAAUUGAACCAUUGUGUUUCAUUGUCAUUCAACUAUAGUAUCAAGUCAACUUUAUUUCUGUCAUGUUAUUGAGGUUUCUAUGACGUAUGUCGAUGCAAAGGCUCGGAUGGUUCGUUGCAUUGCAAAAGUCACCUCCUUUGUCGGUGCUGCGAGCGAUUCUGGAAAACGAGCAAAAAUUUCAGCCAUGCUUUUGGAACUGAAAGAAAUUCGCUUGACUGCAGAAUCUGACAUUCAAGUUAUAGAGGCUACUGUUGGAAAAAAAAUCAGCUCCAGUUGAAGUUGUAGAUAAUUCCAUAAAUCUCAAACUCUCUGCUGAGUUUGAUAAUUUGUAUUACGAGUUGGUUGCGUUCGCAGAUGUGUAUAACCUUCCAUCGCACCAAAUAUUCGACUCAUCCUCUUCUCAGUUAGGACAAAGUCAUUCAGCUAGUUUCGGAAACCUAUCAACUUACAAAUUUCCAACACGAAAGUUUCCUACCUUUUCUGGACUUCUAACAGAAUGGCAGAGUAUUGAAGAUUUGUUCACAUCAAUUCUAUCCCACGCUCCUACUGAUCUUUCGGACGUCGAACGAUUCGAGAUUUUGAAAACUUCACUAGAAGGUUAGGCUUUGACGCUUAUCGCACAUACUCCUUUGACAUCGGAAAAUUAUAUAAAGGCUUGGGAAGCAUUACGUUCGUGAGUAGUAUAUAUGUACCAAUCCUGGCACAGUGCCCUUUUUUAACAAUAAAAGUUCAGAAAAAACCCAAUGUACAAUAAAAGUUCAGAAAAUCGAAAUGCAAUAUUAAUUAAAAUAUUUUUUGCAAAAAU